AUGUCUAAUGUGAUCGCACUGACAGCUAAAUCAUCGCUUGUAUGGAUGAUGUUAGUAGUUGUCGACGUACUCUACGAGCGCCAACUGAUUCACGAAAGGACAGCCUAUCAUCAACAUCAACGUUAUCGUGUGUACGACUAUGUUGUUGUUGGCGCCGGCAGUGCCGGCACUAUAGUGGCCUGUCGUUUGUCGGCCAUAACUAACGCUACUGUCCUAUUGCUAGAGGCCGGAGGUCCAGCCGAUGCACUGAUCAACGAUUUGCCCGGUAUGGCCGAUGAAGUGAUGGAUUAUGACAAACAAUUUUGGAGUUAUACUACCGAAGCUCAGGUAGAUAUAGUUCAAAAUAAAAAUAUUGUUCAAAAGGCCGGUAAGAUAUUGGGAGGCGGUUCAACCGUUAACAAUAUGGUCUAUAUAAGAGGUAGUCGUGAGUACUAUAAUAAUUUAGGUAUUACCGGUUGGAGCUAUAAUGAUUUGCUGCCAUAUUUCAAGUUAAUUGAAAAUAAUACCAAUCCCAGUGCUGCAGCUGACAGUACUAAUGGACCGAUAGGUGUGUCAACUAUAAAUAAUAUUUCAUGGCUUAUGGAUAUACAACAAACGUUAAACAAUUCAGGCCUACCCAUUGUCAAUCUAAACGAUGAUACAGUUUACGGUAUUGCCGUAACACCGAAAAGUUAUCGGGACUGUCAACGCCAGAGUACUGUUCAAUCGUAUAUUGAAAGAAACGACAUGUGCCCUGAAUUGGAUAUACUAACCAAAGCACUGGCAGUCAAACUCCUUAUCAAUAGGACAUCAUUGGCUGGUAAACCAAAAGUAUAUGGUUUAGAGUUUAUUAAAGAUAACACAAAACAUACCGUCACUGUUGACAAAGAGGUCAUCCUAUCUGCAGGUGCUAUAGAGUCACCCAAACUACUGAUGCUGUCUGGUAUUGGUCCCAAACAGCAUUUAGACGAUGUAGGCGUAACACCCGUAUGGAGUGAUAUACCAGCAGUAGGACAGGGAUACCAAACACAUCCAUCAGUUACACUGGAUUUUGUUGGCAACUUUACACUAAAUAAAACCGUGGCAAACCUGGGAUCUAUAUUGACAAACGUUCAACAACUAUAUGAAGCUAAUAUACGACAUACCGGUGCUCUUUGUGAUGCACCGGCAGAGUUGACUAUUAUGUGGAACUCCAACUUAUCCGAAAACAAUACUAACUAUCCCGACAUUAAGUACCAGUUAACAGCAUCCGGAUCUCAACUGAAAAUUAAGAUCAGUGUUGUUCGCUGCAAAAGCACCGGUAGUAUCAAACUGCGAGCUACCGAUCCAAAGGUGCCGCCGAUAGUCAAUCAAAAUUUAUUGAAACACAAAGACGACAAACUAGCGUUUCUGGAUGCUAUUGCCAAUGCCUUUCGAUUAGUAGAAGAAACGCCAUUAUUUGGACAGUUUACCACUAUUAAACCUGUUCAGGCACCGGGAUGCGAGUAUUGUACUAAUAGUAGUAUACCAUUACAUAAGUGCAGCGAAUAUCACAAGUGUAUUAUGAAAAUGUAUACGACAUCAGAGUAUCAUUAUGUUGGCACAUGUCGUAUGAGUGCACAUAAUAAUAAUACCGGUACUGAAAAUAGUGUUGUAGAUGAGCGCCUCCGUGUAAGGGGUGUUCAUGGACUACGUAUUGUCGACCUAUCCAUAUAUCCAGAUAUUGUUAAUGCUGAUCCUAAUCCAGCGGCACUUGGUGAAUUUAUAUCGCUUAAUGGCAAUGAUUGGCUGGCAAUUAGUCAAAAUAAAUCAAUCAAAGUGAAAGCUAAAGUACCGGGAAGUAUACACUCAGAUCUGAGACGAGAGGGUAUACUUAAACAGGAUAUUUACAUACAAUAUAAUGAUAUUGAAUAUCAAUGGGUUUCGUUAGACAACUGGACUUAUGUGAAAACAUUUACGGUCGAUUCAAAUAUAUUAAAUAAAAAAACUGUUAACCUAUUGGCAAAAGGCAUUGAUACUGUUAGCAGUAUUUUUAUAAAUAAUAAACUAAUUGGCAAAACAAACAACCAAUAUGUUAGAUAUAAGUUUAAUGUCAAACAAGUCCUAAAAUUGGGAAAAAAUACUAUUCGUGUGGCUUUUCAAUCGGCUCCGGCAUAUGUUAAACAACAGUUCAAUGAUUUUCAACAAAAAUAUAAUUAUACCAUUCCUUCAGUUAACGAAAAUAAUUAUGCUUUCAUACGUAAAAUGGCCGCAUCUUUUGGUUGGGAUUAUGGCCCAUCAUUUCCAACUCAGGGUAUUUGGAAAGAUAUUGGUCUUGAAGUAUACGAUAUGGGAAUUAUCAGAGAUAUUGUUGUGAAGACUACCAGAUCUAUGUCUCGCUGGACAUUAAAUUUGAUAGUAUUUCUUGAGUUAACGACACCACCAACUGAUAGAGUAUUAAAUACAAAGUUUGAUAUUAGUUUAGAUGAAAAUGUUUUAAUUAGUAGAAGAAAGCAUUUAUUGAAAACCAAUAGCAAUGGAGAGUUAAGUGUUAGGUUUGAAAUCAAAAUACCCGACACUUUACCGAUAAUGUUGUGGUUUCCCAACGGUGUGGCAAAUAAUACACAAAAAUUAUAUGAAUUGAAAGUUAACGUAUCGUUUGUGGACAACAACAACAACUAUGAGUGGUCUUCAAUGACAAAGAAAAUAGGUUUUCGUACCAUUCGUUUGGUUCAAAAACCUGUUAAACCAAUGGGUUUGACAUUUUAUUUUGAAGUCAACGAUUUGGCCGUUUACGCAAAGGGGACCAAUUGGAUACCGGCUCACAAUCUUCUCGAUGUUGUUACCGACGAAUACGUCCGACACUUAUUGGUGUCGGCAAAGGAGGCCAACAUGAAUAUUAUGCGAGUUUGGGGCGGAGGUGUCUAUGAGACAGACUAUCUGUACGGGUUGGCCGACGAAUUGGGUCUUAUGAUUUGGCAGGACUUUAUGUUUACUCUUUCUCCAUAUCCGGCAAACCCGGAAUUUUUGGAAACAGUUGACCUGGAAGUACGUCAACAAGUGAGACGUAUUCAACAUCAUCCGUCAAUUGCAAUUUGGUCGGGAAACAAUGAGAUAGAAGCGCUCAGAUUAAUACUUUUUCCUAAUCAAACUCAUCUAAAGGAUGAUUAUUAUCGACUAUUUGUCAAACAUAUUAAACCUAUUGUCGAGAGUGAAGACCCGAGUCGACCGUUUGUCAUAUCGAGUCCAUCAAAUGGUUUACAAACCAUUAAAGAUAAUUAUACCGACACACAAACAAAUGAUAAUCGUUACGGUGAUAUACAUUUUUAUGACUAUACCAGUCCAUUGUGGGACUGGCAGGUCUAUCCAAGUGCUAAAUUUGUAUCGGAAUACGGUUUCCAAUCGUAUCCAUCAUUGGCAACAUUAUCUCAAGCUUUUUCUGUCAAUGACUUUACAUAUCCAUUAAGUAAAGCCGUUAAACGCCGUCAAAGAAAUAUAUAUUAUCUUAACUCAAUUGAGGAUAUGAUCAGCCGAUAUUUUAAGAUGCCUUCCAAUGGAACUGUCAAUCGUUUCAAUGAUUUUCUGUAUUUAUCGCAAAUAACUCAAGCAAUGGCUCUCAAAACUGAAACUGAAUUUUAUCGCCGAAAUCGCAAUAUUGAUACCGAAACUGGCAAUGGAUUUACUAUGGGUGCCAUGUAUUGGCAGCUAAACGACGUAUGGCAGGCGCCCACUUGGGCUUCAAUUGAAAAUACAGGCAAAUGGAAAGUAUUGCAUUCAUAUGCCAAACAAUUUUUUGAUAAUUUAUUGGUUGUUCCCUAUGAAGACAAUAAUAAACUCAAAAUUGCGUUAGUUAAUGACUAUUAUCAAAAAAUCGAUUUUAAUUUGAAAAUUAAAGUCUAUAAGUGGUCACAAAAUAAGCCAAUCUAUGAAUUAUACAAAUUAGUCAAAAGUGACAGUUUUUCGGCAAAAAUUGUUUACAUUAAACCUAUUAGCGAUUUGUUAACUGAAUCUAAAUGUAUGGAUAGAAAUGAUUGUUUACUUAGUAUUGAAAUCAAUAAUUUAAGUUAUAAACUACAGACAAAUAACUUUAUGUUAUUAGCGGAACCGAAAAAUUCAAAUUUAAUUAAACCUAAUAUUAAAGUAAGUGAUGUCAAGAAAGGUUUAAAUGAUAAAACAUUUAUAAUAAGUUUGUCGUCGGAAACAAUUGCACCGUUUGUUUUGUUAGACUUUAAACUAUUUAAAAAUAAUACACAAAUUAGCGGACAAUUCAUGCAAAACGGAUUUUUCAUAUUUGACGGACAAAAAUCAAUUAUUUUUAAAUCAAAUCAAAACAUUAGUGAACAUGAAAUUAAAGACCAACUUAUUGUUAAAACAGUUACAGAUGUUAUCUAA